GGGCAUGGGAGGAGGAGACCAGGAAACUAGAGAGAAGGAGGUCUUGUGAGGAGCGGAGUGUGCGUGUUGGGUGGUACUUGGAUAUUAGGUCAGUGAUGUAGUUCGGGGCAGUAUGGUGGGCGGCUUUGUACGUCAGUGUUAGGAUAUUGAAUUUGAUCCGUUGCGCAAUCGGAAGCCAGUGGAGGGAUUGGCAGAGGGGGGUGGAGGACACUGAAUGGAGGCCAGUGGAGGGAUUGGCAGAGAGGCCAGUGUUGGAGGACACUGAAUGGAGGCCAGUGGAGGGAUUGGCAGAGGGGGGUGGAGGACACUGAAUGGAGGCCAGUGGAGGGAUUGGCAGAGGGGGGUGGAGGACACUGAGGGGAGGCCAGUGGAGGGGAGGGAUUGGCAGAGGGGGGUGGAGGACACUGAAUGGAGGCCAGUGGAGGGAUUGGCAGAGGGGGUGGAGGACACUGAGUGGAGGCCAGUGGAGGGAUUGGCAGAAGGGGGUGGCGGAAGCGGGGGGGUGCGGUUGGUAAGGUGGAUGAGUCUAGCAGCCGUA